AUGAAAGGGCCCUCAUCCAACAUCAGCCUCCUCCUUCUGACCCCAGACCCUGCAGCAGCAGUGCUACCACCAUCCAGCACUACCUGCUGUACUCAGCCCUACCGACAGCUACUCUCAAACAGGCUGCUGAAAAAGGUCUCCCAGGUGGAACUGCAGGAGGCUGAUGGAGACUGUCAACUCCAGGCUUAUGUACUUCACUUGGCUCGGCAUACAGCCUGCAUCCACCCACUGAACCGCAGCCUGGCUCGCUGGUUUGAGCGCCAAAGGAGGAGGCUCCAGGAGACUCUGCCCAACCUGAAAUUUAGGCUGAUAGGGAAAAUGGGCCAGGACCCCCAAUAG